AUGGCCGCCAAGUUUGCUAUCAAGUCUUUAGACCACCUGGUCUUGACAGUCCGGUCCAUCCCCGCCUCCGUCGCAUUCUAUACAAGCCACCUGGGGAUGGAACAUGAAGUCUUCUCUUCACCUAGUAGUCCAGACAUUCAACGACAUGCCCUUCUCUUCGGUUCCCAGAAAAUCAACCUGCACGAGAGUGGGAAGGAAUUCGAGCCCAAGGCCCAGAAUGUCAUGCCAGGAAGCGCAGACCUCUGCUUUCUGACGGACACCAAAGUGGAUAAUGUUCUCAGAGCACUUGAGGAAGCUAAGAUUGACGUCCUCGAAGGUAACAAAGUCGUGGAACGCACAGGUGCGGUGGGGAAGAUCCGGAGUGUUUAUGUGCGUGAUCCGGAUGGCAACUUGAUUGAAAUAUCAAACUACUGUUAA